AUGUCCUCUGUUUGUCACGCCUGCGCCACCGAUGCUAUCGAUGAACAAGUAAUUUGUCAGGGAUUUUGUAAUGCAGUUUUCCAUCCGAAAUGCAGCGGUCUCAAUAUCCAAUACAUGGGUGAAAUAUUGAAAAGCAAGCAACUGUUCUGGAUGUGUCAAUCUUGCUCAAAUCUCAUGAAGGACAUGCGUCUGCGAAGAUCCGUUCGUUCUGCGUACGAAACAGGUCAGGAGGAUUUGCUGGGAAAGCACAAUAAAAUCGUGGAAAGUUUGAAAUCUGAAAUUUUGACGGAGCUCAAGGCGGAAAUCAAACUAAAUUUUACUGCUCUUAUUAAUUCAAACUCACUCACGCCAAAGAAUACAUAUCGUCCAGCAUUAGGACCUACCUCUGUAAGAAGUCGUCGUCUGUUUGGUCCAAACAACGGAAGUACGCAGAUGAAAACAACCUUGAUAGCUGGAACAGGUGGUUCUGUAUCUCCCACACUAGGCGUCUCAACUGUACCAACUAACAACAGAAAGUUUUGGCUGUACGUGUCAAGGAUUUCUCGGAAUGUUUCAGCCGAACAAGUUGCUGCCCUCGCAAAACAACGCCUAGACAACGACGACAUCGAAGUUGUAAGACUUGUUGCCAAAGGACGUGAUCUUAGCACGCUGUCCUUCGGUUCGUUCAAGGUUGGUAUGGAUUCAGAACUAAAAACGAAAGCGCUCUGCACCUCGACGUGGCCUAAAGGGAUUCUGUUCCGUGAGUUCUCGGAUAACCGGAUAAAUGGAAAUUUUUGGGAACCGCAAAAAACCCUGAACCAGCAAUCACAUCGUACUACAAACGACGCAGUAAUAGAACACACUAUAUCACCAAUGCAGGUCACUGUGAGAGAAUGA